AGACCACCUCCACAUAAAUCUCAAGAUAACACACACUUUAUCUCUGUGUAUGCACAUCUUCUUCAACCUUUUGAUCCAAAAACCCUAAUGGUAUCCCUCCUCCACCGUUCAGUUUCAAUUUCAUUCCACACCCCAUCUCACCUCCCUCUCUUCACCCACUUCAACCACCACCACCACCGUACCCCCUCUCUUUUGAAUCUCCACCAUCGUCACCCCGCCACUUCUCUCAUAACCUGCAUCGAGAAGAACGGCUCCUUUAUCUCAAGCAACAAUGACCAACAGCCCCAAAGAACGUUGUUCCCCGGUGGGUACAAGCGCCCGGAAAUAAAAAUCCCCAAUGUUGUGCUUCAAUUGAAUCCCGAAGACGUGCUGGAUGACGGAAAGCUUGUUCUUGAUGCUGUUGAUCAGGCGGUUUCGGGGCUUGUUGGGGUUGUGGUGUUGAAUUGUGGUGAUGGAAGUGGGAGGAAUUUGUAUGAUGCUGCUUGUUUGUUGAAAUCGGUGAUUAGGGAUCGGGCUUACUUUUUGAUUGCAGAGAGGGUUGAUAUUGCUACUGCUGUUAAUGCAAGUGGUGUUGUGGUUUCUGAUCAAGGUUUACCUGCCAUUGUUGCAAGGAAUACAAUUAUGGAUUCAAAAUCAGAUUCGGUAUUUCUUCCUCUGAUUGGAAGAAAAGUGCAAAGUUUAGAUGCUGCCAUGAAUGCCUCUAGCUUUGAAGGUGCGGAUUUUCUAAUAUACAAUAACAAUGGAGAAGAAAGCAUUGAAGAACCAUCAGUUUCCAUUAUCAAUCAGACAAAAAUUCCAACAUUUUUCACUGUCAACCCCGAUAAGAAGGAUAAACUAUCCAACGAGAUGUUAUAUUUGUUACAAUCUGGAGCAAGUGGAUUAGUUGUUUCAUUAGAAGGACUAAAGUUGCUAGGCAACGAUGCUUUGAACAAGAUCUAUAGCAUGCAGGCAUCUGAUAAAAGAACAGAAGCUUUACGUGAUGGUUUGGUGUUGGAGUCAGAAAAUGGUGUUUUGGGUGAAAAGGGGUUCACAGGGUUUGUGAAUUUGGAGGAUAGAGAAGUAGAGUUGAUAGAAACCGAGAGAUCGAUGCUGCUUGAAGCCAUUGAUCUUAUCCAGAGAGCUUCGCCUCUGAUGGAGGAAGUUUCGCUUCUCAGGGAUGCUGUUUCACACCUCAGUGAGCCAUUCUUACUGGUUAUAGUGGGCGAAUUCAAUUCUGGAAAAUCAACUUUCAUAAAUGCUCUUCUUGGGAGAAAGUACUUAAAAGACGGAGUUGUCCCUACAACAAAUGAGAUAACCUUUUUACGAUAUUCAGAGCUUGAUUCUAACGAACAGCAGCGUUGUGAAAGGCAUCCAGAUGGGCAAUACAUAUGUUAUUUACCUGCACCGAUCCUUGAGCAUAUGAUGAUUGUUGAUACGCCAGGGACGAAUGUGAUUCUUCAAAGACAGCAGCGCCUGACCGAAGAAUUUGUGCCCCGGGCAGAUUUGCUUCUUUUUCUUAUUUCUGCUGAUCGUCCAUUGACUGAAAGCGAGGUUUCUUUUCUGCGUUACACACAACAAUGGAAGAAAAAGGUCGUGUUUGUACUCAAUAAAUCCGAUAUAUACCAAACUCCCAUUGAGCUUGAGGAAGCAAUUGGAUUCAUCAAAGAGAACACACAAAAGCUGUUAAGCACCGAAGUAACAUUGUUUCCUGUAUCUGCUCGAUCUGCCCUUAAACGAAAACUGUCAACUAUAUCUGAAGGGAAUGUAGAUAAGGAUUCUUAUUGGGAAACAACUAGUUUCUAUGAGCUUGAAAAGUUUUUAUACAGCUUCUUAGAUGUGUCAACAAGCACAGGAACGGAAAGAAUCAAACUGAAACUGGAAACACCAAUUGCAAUUGCAGAACAACUUCUUUCAGCAUCACAAAAGCUUGUGGAAAGAGAAUGCCAACAGGCGAAAAAAGACUUGGUUUCAAUUGACGAGUUAAUAAGCAGUGUAAAAGACUAUGCAUCCAAGAUGGAAACCGAAAGCAUAUCUUGGAAGAAACAGUCUUCAUCGCUGAUAGAUAAAACACAAGCACGCGUUGUGCAGCUUAUUAUGUCAACUCUGCGGUUAUCAAAUCUUGAUAUUGUGGUGUCGUAUGUUUUUAGAGGAGGUAAUACUGCCCCAAUGCCUGCUGCUACAACCAUUAGAAAUGACAUCAUUGGUCCAGCGCUAUUGGAAUCACAGAAAUUACUAGGGGAAUAUGGUGAAUGGCUCCGAUCAAAUAAUGCGCGUGAAGUAAAAUUUUAUGAGGAAAGUUUUGAGAAAAGAUGGGCCUCAUUUAUGAAGUCAGGCAAUCGAUAUUUGUUUGAGACUCGAAAAUUGGUUGAGAGUAAAAAUGAAUUCAGUAUCCAACAAUUAGAUGACUUCAGUGCUGCUGCUGCUUCCAAACUAUUUGAGCAAGAAAUCCGUGAAGUGUUCUUAGGGACAUUUGGUGGAAUAGGAACAGCCAGUUUAUUAGCUUCACUUUUGACAUCUGUCCUACCAACCACUUUGGAAGAUCUUCUUGCUCUUGGUCUUUGCUCUGCUGGCGGUUACAUAGCGAUUGCGAAUUUUCCGUUUCGAAGGCAAAAAGUGGUGGAAAAAGUGAAGAGGACUGCGGAUAACUUGGCACGUAAAAUUGAAGAAGCAAUGGAGAGAGAUUUGUUGGAGACAAGUGAGAGUCUUGAAAGCUAUGUUAAGCUUGUUGGUAAACCAUAUCAGGAUUCAGCACAAACUAGAUUAGAUGAACUUGUGAUGAUUCAACAAGAAUUGACAAAAAUGGAGGAAAGAAUCAAACGGUUACAGAUUGAUGUCCAAAACCUCCAUAUGCCAUUAUGAUAUCAUAGGCAAUGCUGUUCUUGAAUCUUU